AUGAUACAUUUACCACUAUCAAUAUCAUCGACUUAGAUACUUUCGAUAACAAAAUCAUCAGCAGAUAAUGAAUUAAAUGAAACAUCAAUAUCGACCACAACAACAACAACAACAGCAAACACCACAAGUAAUAAUGAAGAAGAAGAUGAUUAUGUAAAAUGUACUCUUGAAGCUGUUUAUACAUCAACUGAAAUGGCUGUUUCUCCUCCUCAUCGUCCUUGUGCAUCACAACAAACGGAUAAUGAAUAUGCACGUGCUAUUCGAAACGAUUUUAUUUCAUUAAAAACUCAAUAUGAACAAACAAAUAAAAGUCAACAUGACUACUUAUUAAAUUAUCAUGAAACUAUUUUAAAAGUUAUUACAAGUCUUCAACAAUCAAAUAAUGAACAUCAAGAACACAUUGAACAAUUACGUUUAGAAGUAAAUAAUUAUAUUCAAGAUAAUGAAACAUUAAAAAUUCAAUGUGAUGUAAACGAACAAAUAAGACAAGAAUUAACAUCAAAAUAUGAAAUACUUGAAAAUAAUUUUGAUGAAUUUCGUCGUACAGCUGAAAUUGAAAAAUCUCAAAUUGUUAAAGCACUUCAAUCAGAUUUUGAAUUUGAAAUAGAAAAAUCUUCUAAUGAACAAGAAAAAAAUUCAAUAUUAACAACAACAAUUGAUAUACAAACAGAUGAACAAAUAAAAUUUGAUAAACAAACGAGUAUUAUAAUUACCACCGAACAUCAAUUAACGCAAACAAAUCAAAUUGAAUUUAAUAAUCAAUCAAUUCAAACAUCAACUGAUGAUAUUGAUGAAACUAUUCGUCGUUUAACAACGAAAGAUCAACAAGUACAAUUUAAUUUAGCUAUACAACGUGCUGUACAAAAUGCUACAGAUGGACAAAAAAAACAAAUUGCAAUUUUAGAACAACAAUUAGAAGAUAAACGUUUAAAAAUUAUUAAAUUAAAAGAAUGUGUUAAAAAAUUACAAAAUUUUUAUACAUUAUCAUCAACACCACCAUCUAUUAUACCAUCUAUAACUAAAUCUGUUAUGACAACAUCAAAUGAUGAUGAACAACAAUUAAAUAAAGAUGAAAAAAAUAAUACAUUUGAUGAAACAAAUAAUCGAGCAACAUUUAUUAAACGUAGUGAACCGAUUUCAAUGCCAAGUACAUUUAUUGCUCAAAGUAUGUUAGCUGCUGGAAAUGCUGCAACAUCACCAAAAACGUAA